AUGGGAUUGGAUACAUACCUUCACGCUCUGGGACAAGAGCAUCUAUUCAGCAUGAAGGAGCUGGAGACCAUUUACAAGUUGGAAGAGGAUCGAGGUCUUAACACCGAGUUGUGUGUAGCCGCAACUGAGCUCCAUGCCUUGGAGAAUGAUAAGCUCGAGAUCUUAUCAGAUCUCAAGAACAAGAGCGGCUGCAUCAAGAACCCGGCCAUACGCUACGCUCAUAAGGUGAUCGCCAAUACCCUCUUUGCACGACAUGACUGCUCAAAUGUCACAACGCAAGAACUCGAGCUGCUCGAUGAAGGCAUAAUCCAGAAGCUUCAAAUUCUGGAUGAUGGAACGGAAAUGAAAGGAGACUUGAGAGAAACAAGCAAAGCAGUCGUGAUGGUGAACUCCUUCCUGCAUAUAAUGAGGAACGCAGAGCUGUUAUACGAGCAAGGCAAGAUCAAGGAAUCUCACUUGGCGAUAGGUAGCAUGAUCACUCCGAUCUUACUUGCUACAAAGUCAAGCUCCCGGCCCCUUCUCAUCCACCUAAGUUCAUUGACAUCGCCUACCUGA